AUGGGUUUAGAUAUUGUUAUGUUCCGUGCCGAUAAGGGCGGUAAUCCAGACUUGAUUCGUCAAUCACAACAAAAGAGAAACAAGCCAGUAGAAGCUGUUCAAGAAAUCAUUGACCUUGAUGGAGAAGUAAAGAAAGCAAAAUACGCAACCGAUCAAGCAAAUAGUGAAUAUGGAAAGAUUAAUAAGGAUAUUGCAGCAUUAAAGAAGAGUGGAGAGACUGGAGCCAAGAUUGAUGAGCUCAUUGCUGCCAACACUGCAUUGGAUGCCAAGAUUCAAACACUCAAGAAGCAAUCAGCCGACUUGGAAGAACUUCUCCGUAAGAAGCUCAAGCCAAUCGGUAAUAUUGUACACGAGUCUGUACCAGUAUCCACCACUGAAGACGACAAUGCCGUCGUCAGAACAUGGGGAGAAUGCAAAAACACACCAGAUCUCCUCAACCAUCACCAUCUUCUCGAGAUGAUUGACGGUUUCGAUAUGGAACGUGGUGCCAGCAUUUCAGGUCACCGUUGCUAUUUCCUCAAGGGACCAGGUGUCAUGCUCAACCAAGCCAUCAUCAACUAUGGUCUUGCCUUUUUGGCCAAGCGUCAAUACACUGCCCUCCAAACACCAUUUUUCAUGCGCAAGGACGUUAUGGCCGAGACUGCCCAAUUGGAGCAAUUCGACGAGGAGCUCUACAAGGUCAGCGGCGACGGCGAGGAAAACGAAAAGUACUUGAUUGCCACAUCCGAGCAACCCAUCUCUGCCUUCCACCGCGGUGAAUGGCUCGAGGAAAAGGACUUGCCCAAGAGAUACGCCGGUUACUCUACCUGCUUCCGUAAGGAGGCUGGCUCACACGGUCGUGACACCUGGGGUAUCUUCCGUGUGCACCAAUUUGAAAAGAUUGAGCAAUUUGUCAUCACCAAGCCAGAAGACUCGUGGGAAAUGCACGAGCAAAUGAUCAAGACCGCCGAAGAGUACUACCAAGAACUCGGUCUCCCAUACCAAGUCGUCUCGAUCGUCUCUAGCGCCCUCAACAACGCCGCCGCCAAAAAGUACGAUCUCGAAGGUUGGUUCCCAGGUUACAACGCCUACCGUGAGCUCGUCUCUUGCUCCAACUGCACAGAUUACCAAGCCCGUGAUCUCGAGAUCCGUUGUGGUAUGAAGAAGCAAGGUCAACAACAAAAGAGAUACGUUCACAUGCUCAACUCUACCCUCGCCGCCACCACCCGUGUCAUCUGCUGUAUCCUCGAAAACUACCAAACCGAAGGUGGUAUCAACGUACCAACCGUCUUGCAACCAUUCAUGGGUGGCGUCACUUUCAUCCCAUUCGUCAAGCCAAAGCCAAAGAUUAAGGCUGCCGUUCAAAAGAUUAAUGCUUAA